ACUUCAUCCCAAUUGCAAUCCAAACCAGCUUCUUCCUUUUAUAUACUUCCACCUCUCCUCGGCAUAUCGCAUCGCGACAAGAAACACCAAAAAAUGCUCCUCCUAGGCCUAACCGGCUCCAUUGCCACUGGCAAAUCAACUGUGUCCUCCAUCCUCUCCUCACCCCCAUACUCCCUCCCCAUAAUCGACGCCGACAAACUCGCCCGUCGAGUCGUCGAACCAGGUACACCUGGCUACGCGAAAAUCGUCGCACACUUCUCUUCCACGACUCCGGAUCUGCUGCUCCCGUUCCCCGAUGAUCCAGCGUACGAUCGCUCCAAAGGCGCGCCAUUGAACAGACCGGCGUUAGGCAGGAGAGUAUUUGGGGAUAGUGAGGAAAGGAAGAGGGAUCGCGGGGUCUUGAAUGGGAUUGUGCAUCCGGCGGUGAGGAAGGAGAUGUAUAUUGCGUUGCUGAAGUGCUAUUUGAAAGGUCAUUGGGCAGUGGUGCUGGAUAUCCCGUUGCUAUUUGAGAGUAAGCUGGAUGUGUUGUGUGGGACGGUGAUGGUGGUUGCGGUGCGGGAUAAAGAGGUGCAGAUGCGGAGGUUGAUGGAUCGGGACGCGCAUUUAACGAGGGAGGAUGCGGAAAACAGGGUGGGGAGUCAGGGGGAUGUGAGGGAGAAGGCUAGGAGGUGUGAGGGGCGGGGGGAGGGAAGGGGAGUGGUGGUUUGGAAUGAUGGAGAUAGAGAGGAGCUGAGGAGGGAGAUCGAUAGGGUUAUGAGUGUUGUGAAGGAGAGGAGUCCGAGGUGGUGGGCUUGGCUGUUAUUGCUUUGUCCGCCGCUUGCUGGGAUGAUUGGGGUGUGGACCUACUUGAGGAAUACAGUCAUAAAUAAGAGAUGGAUAGACGAGGAGCUUAAGGCGAAGGCGAAGCUCUGAGUUCAGAAGCGGUUGAGUUGUCGAUAGGAAAGAAGAGCUUGAUAUCUUGGAUGUCUUCAUGUUUGGAUAAGAUAUAUGUAAGAGGGUCCGUGGUAGCAUAGCGUACGGUAGGCUUACCGUUGGGAGGCAGGAUUCGGGCAUCUUCUCGUCUCUGCACUUUACACUCUGGGUAAAUAUGGAGAGGCAAUUGUGGCAUGUGGAACAUAUUUUUCGGCGUCGCAAACAGAGUCACAAGCAUAUUUGGUCGCGCAAGAAGUCUCAAGAAGGCCCGCACUUUCUACUUCUGAAAUUGCUAUGAUGGAAAAUUGCGUAUUUCCAAGAUAGCGCAAGAGUCUUUUCACUUCGCACCUGACUUGUGGAAUAAGUGGCCCAGCUUUCUAUGAAAGAAUUUAGCAAGCUUCAAGAGUCUACACAACGAAUUGACCAAAUG